UUCACCAUUGUCAUCUUCUUCCUCCAUAAACUCAUAUAUACAAAACACAUUUAUAUACCAUGAUAUGCGAAGAUGCAUAUCAGUAUCAGCAAUUACAUGGACAGAAGGAUCAUAUGAUGACAAUGAUGAUGAUGGACUUGAGUACAUCAUCAACCAUUUCUCCAUCCUCAUCACCUAAGUCACCAUCACACAACAACGACGAGGAAGAGAGACUAGAGGUUGUGAAUUUGAGUGGCAUGGCGUUACAGUCUCUCCCAAAUCCUUCCCUCAAUUUGGCAAAUAUAUGCAAGCUUGAUCUCUCCAACAAUCAUAUCAAGAAAAUACCAGAAUCUCUAACAGCGAGAUUACUCAACUUGAUAGCAUUAGAUAUUCACUCUAACCAGAUCAAAGCUCUUCCAAACUCCAUUGGUUGUCUCUCUAAGCUCAAGAUACUUAAUGUCUCUGGAAACUUUCUUGUUUCCCUCCCCAAAACUAUUCAAAAUUGCAGGUCACUUGAAGAGCUAAACGCCAACUUCAACGAGCUAACUAGAUUACCAGACAACAUAGGGUUAGAACUAACCAAUCUGAGGAAGCUCUGUGUCAACUCAAACAAGCUCAUUAGCCUACCAAAUUCCAUCACCUACCUCACUUCCCUGCGUGUCCUUGAUGCUCGUCUUAAUUGCCUUAUGAUCCUCCCUGAGGACCUCGAGAACCUCAUCAACCUCGAGAUCCUCAAUGUAAGUCAGAACUUCCAGUAUCUUUCUGUUCUUCCAUCUUCUAUUGGUCUUCUCCUGAACCUCCUCGAGCUGGAUAUCAGCUACAACAAGAUAACAGUGUUGCCUGAGUCCAUUGGAUGCAUGAGGCGGCUGAGGAAGCUGAGUGCAGAGGGAAACCCGCUCGUGUCCCCACCCGUUGAGGUUGUUGAGCAGAGCUUGCAGGCGGUGAGAGAGUAUCUGAGCCAGAAGAUGAAUGGUAAAUUGGUGAACAUCGCAGCAAAGAAGAAGACAUGGGGAUUCCGCAAAUUGGUCAAGUAUGGAACAUUUAAUGGCAGAUCAAGGGCUUGGACCAGGGAAGAGAGAGAAGGCCUCAUCAUGCCUGAGUACCGUCCCAUCGAUAUCUUAGCUUCGACCAAGUUUCCUGUGAUGUGCUCACCUCGACGUCUCUUUUCCCCAAGAACCUAUUUCAGCAGAUAAGAAUAAUGCAGACAGAACCACAAUUUUGCUAUCUUUCAACCAUUUUAUUUAAUUCAUCACUAAAUAUAUAAAGAGUAUGUAUAUAUACGCAGCAUUCAGAUUCAAUAACUUAUUGUAAAUCAUGUAAUUAAGAUUAUAAAAAACAGUUUUGACCUCAAAAAGUAAUUUUAUAAAUAAGUCUUUCACUCUUUCCAUCCAUUUCUAUUCAUUCAUGCCUUCAUCGUAUUUUGAGACUUUUAGCUUUGGGGAAGUUCAAGAUCUAUGCUGGUAAGAGAAACAAAACACCACCAGUUUCAGGACAACUCAUUCCUAGUAAUUUUUUGACAGAUACAUAUGUAAGGCUUCCACGAUCACAUAAUCUUUAGUCUGUUGUAUAAGAGAAACAUGCAUCAAAGUUUACACCAAAAAAAUAAAAAGAAGAGCUUUUCACACAAGAAACAGAGUUUUCCGAAGCUGCGAUAUUGCAAGCCUCGACAAUCCUUAUUCAACACCUGAAGCAAACAAACCCAACUUCAAAAUUCUCUACUUUAUUGGUUGUGUUGUCAUAUAACGGGGAGUAUAGAGCUACUGAACAUUUUUUCAGUAUCUUCUUCAACAAUGAGAUUGAGAAAUCAAAGCAAUGCUGCAGAUUACUAACAUUCAUAGCUAGAAUUCUCAUUAUCAAACAAGAAGCACAUUAGCUUAAAAACACACA